UACUCUGUAGGAUUGAAAAAUUUUGAAAAGGUAGUACAGUAUUCUUAUCUUUAAUUGUUUUUUUAUGUUUUACAUAUUAAGAGAUGAAAUUGGCCUGAUCCCAUGUCCUGAAGCUAGGUAUAACCGGAGCCCCAUAGUCCUGGUUGAAAACAAACUUGGUGUGGAGAGCUGGUGUGUCAAGUUCCUUUUACCGUAUGUCCACAACAAGCUCAUUUUGUACAGAACAAGAAAGCAAUGGCUGAACAAAGAUGAAUUGAUAGAUGUCACACGCACCCUGCUGCUUCUAAACCCAGACUUUACCACUGCAUGGAACGUGAGAAAAGAGCUGAUCCUCUCCGGCACUUUAAAUCCAAUUAAGGAUUUACAUCUGGGAAAACUGGCCUUAACUAAGUUUCCAAAGAGUCCAGAAACAUGGAUUCACAGACGAUGGGUGCUACAACAGCUAAUUCAGGAAACCUCCUUGCCUUCCUUUGUGAGCAAAGGAAACUUGGGAACAGUUCCUACAGAAAGGACACAGCGACUAAUACGAGAAGAGAUGGAAGUCUGUGGUGAAGCGGCAGGGAGAUACCCAAGCAACUAUAAUGCCUGGUCCCAUCGCAUCUGGGUUUUACAGCACCUGGCCAGGCUAGAUGUCAAGAUUCUUCUUGAUGAACUAUCUUCUACUAAACACUGGGCAUCCAUGCACGUUUCAGACCACAGUGGAUUUCACUACCGCCAGUUUUUGUUAAAGUCUUUGAUUAGUCAAACUGUGAAAGACAGUUCUGCGUUGGAGCAAAACCCUUUGAGAAGUGAGCCAGCUCUGCUGCUUCCAAAAGACGAAGAAGCAGCAGCUUCAACAGAGGAACCAAGGAUAAAUAUUCCCCACCUUCUAAAAGAAGAAAUUGAAUUCACCACUGAUCUUAUUGAUUCCUACCCAGGACAUGAGACCCUUUGGUGUCACAGGCGGCAUGUUUUCUACCUUCAGCAUCACUUAGAUGGUAGGUUUCCUCUCAGUGUGACCCAGUUGUCAUCUGCAGACAGCCCUGGGGGGACUUCAGGUGACUUGCACCGCAUCCCAGCAGGCCCUCACACAGCUCAGGCAAUGGAAGUGGAUGGACUGAGUGACUGUAGCAAGCAGGGCUAUUCCCAGGAAACAAAACGCCUGAAGCGGACCCCGGCUCCAGAUUCCCUAGGCCUGGAAAUGGAACAUAGGUUCAUCGAUCAAGUGUUGUCCACCUGCCGGAAUGUCGAGCAGGCCAGGUUUGCCAAUGCAUAUAGGAAAUGGCUGGAUACGCUGAGUCAAUGAAAGGUGGACUGUUCCUGCAGGGUUCCCCUUCUAGUGCAAUAUUGCUGUCCUUCCUUACUGACAUCGCUGCAUGAACUGUUUGCUAUCAUUAGCCAACCAUAUAUUCUUCAUCUUUAGGUUAAAAGUCCUGAAAAGAUCUUUCAUUUUAUUUAUUUUGUUAAGAACUGGCAUUCCUUUGGGGACAAAAUAAUUGUGUAGUUCCCUCCUGCUAAACAGUGAGUCUUAAUUUUCUUUGUGACUUCUUAUCCUUAGUAUUCCUGUACU